CUAAAACCACUACAAAGAUGUUUGAUAUAAAGGCUCAGGCUGAGUAUGUUGUGGAAUGGGCUGCAAAGGACCCAUAUGGCUUCCUUACGACAGUGAUUUUGGCCCUUACUCCAUUGUUCCUAGCAAGUGCUGUACUAUCCUGGAAAUUGGCCAAGAUGAUUGAGGCCAGGGAAAAGGAGCAGAAGAAGAAACAAAAACGUCAAGAAAAUGUUGCAAAAGCCAAAUGA